CAGCUGGCUGCGCCUGUAGUGUGUGAAAAUGGACGGAUUCAGGGAGGUAGCUGCCUCUGAAAAGGAAAAGAAGCCAGCAGGGGAGGAGAGUGAAGAGCCGUCCAGCGAACUCCCCAGCACCUCUUCUGGAAUGUUGACCCCGUCUGGAGAGAAGUAUUGUGUUCUGGAGACUGAGAUCUCUAGGCUGGAGGGAAACCUGGAGGUGCUGAAGGCAGUGGCCAACAGGGAUGAGCAGUCUGCCAGCACCUCUUCUGGAAGUUUGACCCUGUCUGAGGAGGAGUGUCGUGAUCUGGAGACUGAGAUCUCUAGUCUGAAGGAGAAGCGGAGGUUCAUGAAGAGAAUGUUGGCUGUUCCAGCUGUGCUACUGACCACUCUGGAGGAGAUGAACCCACACGAGCUGAAGACAUUUCAGUGGUACCUGUAUAGGGCCUGGCUGCCUUGCUGUCCUCCCAUCCCAGAGAGUCAGCUGGAGAACACUGACAGACAGGUCACAGUGGAUCAGAUGAUGAAGAGAUAUGGCCCUGAGAGAGCUGUGAAGAUCACACUUAUGACCCUGAAGUGGAUGAAUCGAGUAGACCUAGCAGAGAAGUUAGAGAGAGCUCAUGGAGAAGGUACUGCCUCACCCUCCUACUUGUCCUUAUUUCAACUCAGGCCCAUAUCCUUCUGUUACCCUUCAUGGGCUCCUUUCACUCCAGCGCCCCCUCCUUCCUUCUCUGGUUCGUCUAAGGAGUUGUUGUCGUUAGAUUCUGCUGGUAGUUCAGGACAGCUCAUCUCACAGAGAUCCUCCAUGUUGGAUGUUCCAGCUCUGCAAAUGACCACUCUGGAGGAGCUCACUGAAGAACAGCUGAAGACAUUUCAGUCUCACCUGACUACGGUCCAGCUGCCUGGCUUUCCUCCCAUCCCAGAGAGCCAGCUGGAGAACGUUGACAGACAGGUCACAGUGGAUCAGAUGGUGGAGAGAUACGGCCCUGAGGGAGCUGUGAGGAACACACUGAGGACCCUGAGGAGGAUGACGCGGGUAGACCUAGCAGAGAACUUAGAGAGAGAUCACACUAGAGCUGUAUCUAUAACAGAAACAAAAUGGUGGAGCGACUCAUCAGACACUGGCAGUGAUGAAAAGAGAGAGGACAAACAUGUCCAUCUGGCUAGAAGUUCUAGAGCCUUGUACAGAGAGGCAGCAGGCAGCAAAGACACUGGAAUCAGAAAGGACAAAUAUGAACUGGUCACGAAACCUGCAGAGAAGAAAAGAGAAGCUCUGCUGCUGGCCACUCUGGAGGAGCUGAGCACAGACGAGCUGAAGAUAUUUCAGCAGGAACUGACUCCAAGCAAACAGCUUCCACCUUACCUGACUGGCUUUCCUCCCAUCCCAGAGAGUCAGCUGGAGAACGCUGACAGACAGGUCACAGUGGAUCAGAUGGUGAAGAGAUACGGCCCUGAGGGAGCUGUGGAGCUCACACAGAGGAUCCUGAGGAUGAUGAAGCGGGUAGAUGUGGCAGAGAAGUUUGAGAGAUAUCACAGUAGAGGAAAGAAAAGGAGAACAAGUGAGAAACCAUCCUGGCCUGGUCUAGUUUCUAGGGGCGAAAAGAUUGAGGAGGAUUGUGUCCCACUGACUGACAGAGCCCCGUUCUUCAUCAAACAUAAGAAAAUCCCAAAGCUGGAGAUGGACUGUCCUCCCAUCCUGGAGAGACCACUGGAGAUGGCUAACAGUCUCAACACAGAGGUAUCUGUGAACACCCAGGAGAACAUCCAGGAGAACACCCAGGAGAACAUCCAGGAGAACAUCCAGGAGAAUGUCCAGGAGAACACCCAGGAGAACAUCCAGGAGAACAUCCAGGAGAAUGUCCAGGAGAACACCCAGGAGAACAUCCAGGAGAACGUCCAGGAGAACACACAGGAGAACAUCCAGGAGAACAUCCAGGAGAACAUCCAGGAGAACAUCCAGGAGAACGUCCAGGAGAACACCCAGGAGAACAUCCAGGAGAACGUCCAGGAGAACGUCCAGGAGAACACACAGGAGAACAUCCAGGAGAACGUCCAGGAGAACAUCCAGGAGAACAUCCAGGAGAAUGUCCAGGAGAACACCCAGGAGAACAUCCAGGAGAACACCCAGGAGAACACCCAGGAGAACAUCCAGGAGAACACCCAGGAGAACACCCAGGAGAACAUCCAGGAGAACACCCAGGAGAACACCCAGGAGAACAUCCAGGAGAACACCCAGGAGAACACCCAGGAGAACACCCAGAGGAUGGAUGAGGAGUUGGGAAGAGAAAGGGAUUCUCCUCUCUUCCUGGAUCACCAUCACAUGAGUUCUCCAGAUGAAUUUACACCUAAAAUCCAUGAUCAGGACAACAGGGGAGAGUACCGGUUAGAGUGCCCCCGUGCAGGUCUGUUCCAGUGCAGUAUAACAGGCCUGGUGUUUAGGAUGGAGGGAGAGGGAGAGGUGCUCUAUAGGACAGUCCCCUGGGACUGGAGGCUUCUAGCCCAGAAUGGCAAGAGACCUGCAGGACCCCUGUUCAAGUUUACAUGCCUUAAGGGGUCUGUCUGUCAACUACACCUCCCACACUGUGAGAUCUACAAUAGUGGUGGAUGUGACUUUCUGUCUGUAGCCCAUGUGACUGAUGACAUCAUAGAGUUUAUCCCUCCCUGUGAGAUAACAGAAACACACAUCAUAAUAAACAUCAGUGGAUUCUCUGCUUAUGGAAACGUCAAGGAUGAAGACUCACUCACCGUUCCUAUAAGAGCACUUGUCUUGUUGUUCUACAACCCCCCCAGUUGUUCCUAAAAUUAGGUCCAUCCUGAAUGUGUUGUUGCUUCCCAGAAAUGUUGUGAUCAGGGAGGUGCAGGAGGAGUGGAAAAGAAGGAAUAUAGACAAAUACAUCUAUAUUGAAACAAAUCCUCGCUGCCAACUAACUCCAAAUACAGAAUACGAGCUCUCCACAGAUCUUACAGAUGGAUAUCUAAUUCAACCACAGGUGAUAUCUGAGAUGCAGAAUUUGUGGAUUUUGAAUCCCAUGGAAACUACUUCCCAACAUUUCAGUUGUUCAUACAAACUGUUGUUGAACAACUUAAUCUUCUUCUGAAAGACAAUGGUGGUGAAGAAUCUGUCUGGGAAAGACUUGUCUGGCUUCCAGAUGUCAUCUCUACAGUUUCAGCUGUUUCCCCUGCAGCCCCUCCUGCCAACCCCUCUGCCCCCCCUGGUAGAGCCUUCAUCAGAAGACAGAGGAUGGCUCUAGAGACUCGCCUGGGACUCUUACAGUCCUUAUUCCGUGGUCUCCAGGAUUGUGGGGUUCUGAAUGACGAGGAGAGGGAGGAGGUGGUCAGUAAAUCCACCAAGACCCUACAGAACCAAGCCCUGCUGGAUAUGGUGGUGAGGAAGGGGGCUCGCGCCCAGGAACACUUCUACCAGGUCCUGAAGGAAGUAGAUCCCUGCCUGGUUGAAGACCUGGAAGAGCUGCCCGUCUGAGACGAGUGCCACUGAUACAACAACAUCAGGAUAUAUUAUAGCACUAUACUAAUACAUGCUCUGAAAGAGACAGACAGACAGAGGUAGCCAUGGAUACCACCUCACAACCUCAGAAGAUAUCAAAUCAUUUAUCAGAGACAGAGAGCAGUACUUUGAGGAGGAGCCAUCCUGACCAAAGGUGGUUGGUGUGUAAUGUGAUUGGUCACCAUUCUCACCAGCACUCCCAUCAGUCUGUAGUUUAGGCUACUGUCUACCAGACAACCUACCUGUGUUACUCUGGUACACUGGUUACAGACUACAAGAUCAGGGCUACUGUCUACCAGACAACCUACCUGUGUUACUCUGGUACCCUGACUACAGACUACAAGAUCAGGUCUACUGUCUACCAGACAACCUACCUGUGUUACUCUGGUACACUGGCUACAGACUACAAGAUCAGGGCUACUGUCUACCAGACAACCUACCUGUGUUACUCUGGUAAACUGGCUACAGACUACAAGAUUAUUGAAUUUCUAUCUGGAACAUGGUGAAUGUUGAAUCAUCUUGGACAGGUCUCAGGAAACAACAUGUGAGAGUUAACAUCUACCAGACAACUGACUUGUACUGGACAGCUGUACUGUCUGAACACCAGAUAUAUCUCUGUUUAGAUAUAGUGUAUAUGGACAGCUGUACUGGCUGAACACCAGAUAUAUCUCUGUUUAGAUAUAGUGUAUAUGGACAGUUGUACUGUCUGAACACCAGAUAUAUCUCUGUUUAGAUAUAGUGUAUUUGGACAGCUGUACUGGCUGAACACCAGAUAUAUCUCUGUUUAGAUAUAGUGUAUAUGGACAGCUGUACUGGCUGAACACCAGAUAUAUCUCUGUUUAGAUAUAGUGUAUAUGGACAGCUGUACUGGCUGAACACCAGAUAUAUCUCUGUUUAGAUAUAGUGUAUAUGGACAGCUGUACUGGCUGAACACCAGAUAUAUCUCUGUUUCGAUAUAGUGUAUAUGGACAGCUGUACUGGCUGAACACCAGAUAUAUCUCUGUUUAGAUAUAGUGUAUAUGGACAGCUGUACUGGCUGAACACCAGAUAUAUCUCUGUUUAGAUAUAGUGUAUAUGGACAGCUGUACUGGCUGAACACCAGAUAUAUCUCUGUUUAGAUAUAGUGUAUAUGGACAGUUGUACUGGCUGAACACCAGAUAUAUCUCUGUUUAGAUAUAGUGUAUAUGGACAGCUGUACUGGCUGAACACCAGAUAUAUCUCUGUUUAGAUAUAGUGUAUAUGGACAGCUGUACUGGCUGAACACCAUAUAUAUCUCUGUUUAGAUAUAGUGUAUAUGGACAGCUGUACUGGCUGAACACCAGAUAUAUCUCUGUUUAGAUAUAGUGUAUAUGUUUAUAUAAUGGUAUUUUUAAGAGCAUCUUUUAAAAUGUAAUGACAUUAUUUUACAACAAUAGGGACUAGUGGUCUCCUUUUGUGAUUGUUCAGGAAAUAUAGACGCAACUCGCUCUUGAGAUUACAAAUACUGUAUAUCCUUUAUCUAAAAAUCUGUACCCGAUUAGGGGCUGGCUGUUUGGCAAUUGAGGAAUGCUGACAGUCAGGUCACAGUGGAUCAGAUGGUGGAGAGAUACGGUCCUGAGGGAGCUGUGGAGAUCACACUGAAGACCCUGAGGAGGAGGAACCAGAAUGAUCUGGCUAAGUUAGAGAGGUGAAACAGUAGGGAACAAUUAGUCUGUUCUUUAGAAGUUCAGUUCCUUGUUUAUAUGUUGACUGUCAUCAUCUUUCCUUCACACAACUAGAACCACAACUUGCUGACAAACUGAGAACCGUCCUUGAUAGCGUAGCCCUUGAAAUGAUGUAGACAGUUAAAUAAUGAUAAUUUCUCAAUAAAACAAUAAUCCUAAUGUAGGUUUAUUUUUUUUAUGGGCUAAUUAUUCCUCAACCUGCUCACUUGGUCCCAUCCCCACAAUGUUUCUGAUUGUUUGUUUGUUAAACGAUGUCUUAGAAAUUGUAUAUUGCUCUUUAUUUUAUCAUCUUUACCUGGUUGCAAUCUGGUUAGUUGACAUUCAUGGGGGCAAGGCCAUUUUCUCCCCUGCCGACC